AUGGACGAGGGACCGCCACCACCCGAAGACGUGGUUGCCCCUCACACAGCCGCUCCACUCAAACGCCCGCGAGCUGACUCAGAUGGCUCAGCAGCCUCCCUCGAGUCCAUUCGCUCGGUUCGCACGCUUGCCCCUGGAGACUUGGAAUACUACCAUGAAAAUGGCCGAACCUACUGCAACGAGACCUACUAUCUGCCCUGCGUCUACAAGCCCAACAACGACUUCGUAGAGCAGGAUCGCCUGUCCCUGCAGCAUGAAAUCUUUGUUCGCGCGCUAAAAGGCAAGCUGACCACUACGCGCUUGCUGCCCUCGACGCGCAGGAUUCUCGAUCUCGGCACCGGUCCAGGCCACUGGGCCGUUGCCAUGGCACAGCAGUAUCCUCGCGCAGAGCUUGUCGGCAUAGACAUGACCGAGUGGGACAUUGAAACCACCGAGGCCACGCUAGGAGAAUCCGGCGUCACCUGGGAGCUGGACGACAUGGAUGUCUGGGGGAGAGACAUUGACGUCGACGACCUAAUCACAAAACUUGCCAAUAUCGACUUGGCCGCCAACAUGAUCCACCGGGAUCCCAUUGAAUCCCCCAAGAAGGCGCAUCCAGAAGCAAGACCAAGCAACAAUGCGGCAAGCCCAUCGAAUCUAUCAGACGACUCACUGACAAUCGACCUGACGACGCCGACCCCGCAGCCCGAGCCAGGCUGGCACUUCAGCGACACGUUUGAGCUGAUCCACCUACGCAACAUGAAGGGAACAUUUACCCACUGGGAAGGCGUCUAUGCCGAGAUCUACAAGUCGCUCUCUCCCGGCGGCUGGAUCGAGGUCGCAGACUGGGACCUAGGCCAAGUCCCCAUGGGGCCUGGAGAAGCUUCGCCGGAAAAUAUUGCCAUGCCCACUCUCCGCAGGCUCUACGUCGCCUUCAUGGAAGCCUCGUUCCGCUCCGGCAGACCCCUGGGCCUCUUCUACAUGCACCACAGCUAUCUCGAAGAAGCCGGCUUUGAGGACAUUCAAACUACCCACGUCAACGUCCCUGUUGGCCAGUGGGCCGAGGACGAAGACCAAAAGUCGCUGGGCAAGAUGAUGUUUGUGCUCGGCAUGGAGAUGUUUGAGCCCGUUUGUCUACGCCUGCUUACCCAAUGGGGGAGUAAGAGUCGUGUGUGGACGGCCGACGAGGUCAAAGCCGAUGUGCAGUUGGCCCAGAGAGAAAUCAAAGAAUAUGUCCAACGCUCGGAACGAGGCGAAGUCGAGGGCUGGUGCGCCAGUUUCAAAUGGGUUACCGCUAGGAAAAGUUGGCAUGCACAGAUACAAUUCCUCGCCCAACCCUUCCACCGCAUGUUUUUCCUCGACAACCUGGCGAUUGGGUACCCGCAUGCCGAAAUCGAGCGCGUAUCUGUCUUUUGGCUUUUCAUAUAUGCGGGCCUUGUCCCCCUCGCUAUGCUCAUCACAUGGGCGCUUGUCGUUCGUCCGGGGACGCACAAGGCGCACGUUACAAUACUUGGCUUCAUGAUCAGCAUGAUUCUCACCAGCUUCAUCACCGAUGUGAUCAAGAAUGCCGUUGGGCGCCCCCGCCCAGAUCUCAUUGCGCGAUGCAAGCCUGCGCCCGGCACGCCCGCCCAUCAGCUCGUCACAUUCGAGGUCUGCACCGAGACAAACCACCAUGUUCUGCACGACGGCUGGCGUAGCUUUCCUAGCGGUCAUAGCAGCUUCGCCUUUAGCGGUCUCGGAUAUCUCGCCCUCUUCAUCGCUGGCCAAUGCCACGUCUACCGCCCCCGCGCAGACCUCGCGCGCGUCCUCGUGGCACUCGCACCCUUGCUCGGCGCCGCGCUCAUCGCCAUUUCUCGCUGCGAAGACUACAGACAUGACGUAUACGAUGUGACUGUGGGCUCGGUGCUCGGCAUGGCAGUUGCGCAUUACACUUACAGACGCUAUUAUCCUGCGCUAAGGCACCGGCAUUGCGCAACACCUUUCCCCAAUCCAGCGGAUGAUAAGAACUGGGGGAAGAUGAAAGCGGACGAAGAGGCAGCCAGAGGCACUCAGGAGUUUGAAUUGAGUGAGUUUGACGAGGACGAGGUUGAGAGCGAGGUCAAGCCACUGAAUGGAGGGAGGCGAUAG